AUGGGUUAAUGUUUUAUUAUUGGCUGAAUUAUUCCUUUAAGUUCAAUACUGAGGGUUUUGCGGUCUCAGUGUAAAACACAUUGGAUAAACAAUAAGAAGGAAGUGUAAGUUUGUGUAGCGUGUUGAUGUUGUGUGGUUUGUUGUUGUUAGAUGUGAUGCUGGUUCAGUUUUACUCUUCAGCAGUCAGUAGUAAUUAAGAGUCACACACUGUUAGUAAUUGGCCUUGUCUCGCUUCUGGCUCGCUGCUGUAUCCUCCGUCCUCAAAGCAAUCCAAUUAAUAUGCUAAUGAGCUGAUAAAUAUUUAUGAAAGAUUUUGAAUUAUGCAGAAAGCUUUCAGAGGUUUGUGUGAACUUCAAAGCCGCGUUCUUUUAAUGAGUGCCAGGGUUUCAGAUUUGCAUACGGCUUUAAUCGUCUGAAUACUGAUGAGCGUUCAUUAUAGAUUCUACACGUUCGCCUGUAGUCUUUGUGUUUCGGUCACUGUUAAAGAAACAACUUUACCUCAUGCACGCCAUCAGAAUCCACACCGGUCCGUCGCCGCUGAUGCAUGCUGGUUAGGCUUGGGAUUUUUCUCAACAAUCGUAGCUCCGCUUGUGAGAUUUUUUUUGUAUUCAGAGUUAUUGGAGCGUCAGGUGAUUUACUGGUUUAGUGGUCGCUCAUGGACUCGGCAGAAUUAAGUAAAAGCACAAUGGAGACCAGUACACAUGGAGUUCAAGCAGCUCAAACAAACUCUCUGGCCGUCCAGAAACCAAACGGACAAGCGACCAUCAGCAACGUGCAGGCACAAGCUUUACUCCAACAGAACAUGCAGCUCUUCCUGCAGCAGACGCAGGCGCAGCUCCUCGCCGCAGCCGUGCAGCAGUCUGCAGGUCAGCAGAGCAACACCACCGGAGCAAAUAUCUCCGCCUCCGCGGCCACGCCCAUAACACUGUCUCAGCCAAUCCAGAUCGCAUCUCCGCAGAGUUUGAACCUGCCGCAGUUUGUGUUGGUGCAGCCCGGUCACUCCAUCACAUCACAGAUUCAACCUCAAUUCAUCAUCUCAUCAUCUCCUCAGGGACAGAGCGGUCUCCUGCAACCUCACAAUCUUCUGACUCUACCUCAAAGCCAAGCAAACCUCCAGGCAUCACAGACCAGCAUCACCCUCACUACACAGGCGGCGACACCGACAAGAAAAAUAGCAGCCAUGCCCGCCCCUCCGGUGGCCACGCCCAAAUGCAUGGACACCCCGUGUGUGGAGGAAGCCAGCGAUCUGGAGGAGCUGGAACAGUUUGCCAAAAACUUUAAGCAGAGACGAAUAAAGUUAGGUUUUACUCAGGGGGACGUCGGCUUGGCCAUGGGGAAACUUUACGGGAACGACUUUAGUCAGACCACCAUCUCUAGAUUUGAGGCCUUGAAUUUGAGCUUCAAGAAUAUGUGCAAACUCAAACCUCUGUUGGAGAAAUGGCUGAAUGAUGCAGAGAACAUGACGGCCGACUGCGUGGUGUCGAGUCCGAGCGAGAUGUCUCCCGGUCUGUGCGAGAAUCUGAACCGACGGCGAAAGAAACGGACCAGCAUCGAGACGUGCAUGCGUCUGGCAUUAGAGAAGAGCUUUCUGGAGCAGAGCCAGAAGCCCUCAUCAGAGGAGAUAACACUGAUCGCAGACCAGCUGAGCAUGGAAAAGGAGGUGGUGCGCGUUUGGUUCUGUAACCGCAGACAGAAAGAGAAAAGAAUCAAUCCACCCAGCAGCAGCGCUUCACCAAAUACACAUCUCAAAACCAUCUACAGCAGCUCCACACCGACGGUGUCCAGUGGUACAAACACGCUGACGGUAAAUCCAGUAGUGUCUCUGAACACCAGCAGCAUCCCGAGCCUCACGUUCACCGGUGCUACGCUGGGUCACGUGAUGUCUAACACGCCAUCCGUCAUCUCCAUGGCACCUGCCGUGGCCACGCCGGCCCCCACCGUGACAUCACCAUCCCUGACCCCAUCAGCCACGGGCGCGACCCUGCCCGCAACAAAACGGGAAACGUCGAACAACUCGCAGGCGGUUUCCACGGCGAUGACGGUUACGCAGGGGGCGGGUCAACUGGUGGUGACGGGGUCGGGUCUGGGAACCGGUUUGAAUUCAGCGAUCGUAAGCCCUUCACAGCUGACUCAAGGUGGAGCGCUGUUGAGUUUGACUCCUGCUCUCGGGAACACGUUGAGUCCGGCGUUAAUGAACAAUAACACGCUGGCCACUAUCCAGGCUCUGGCAUCGGGAGCCGCGCUGCCCAUCGCCUCCUUCGACGGAAACACCGGUCUGCUCUUCGCCAACACGAGCACGGGGAACGCCGUACCCGGCCUGAUGAGCACGCCUUUCUUUCUUAACUCGUCCGGCCUCUCGUUUCUGCCCGCUAAUCUGCUGUCUGUGGGCGGAGCUGGAGGCGGGGCUCUCAACCUACAGGUGACCAACGAUGCGAGUCCUGUGCCGGCUAAAAGCAUCGCCGUGGCCUCGAAGGCCCAAUAAACCUGACGUUAGACUUUAUUUAAUCUUGUUGCUAUUACCAAAAAAACAUUUUGACCCGUGUGGUUCCUCCCCUGUGACGUUUCAGUUCGUUCACACUGUGCAACUUUGACAAACCUUUAAGGAUGAACUUUAGUUUUGCUUUCCUUAAGUCUGUUUCCUAAACUAAUGUUGAAAUUAACCAAAAAUGUGAGACUCUUUGCUGACAGGAAGUGCUUCAUGUAGCAGAGUUUAAUUCACUUCCUGUGAUGUCAUCGCCGGUUGGCUUUAUCCAUGACCGAGUUCACAUUUAUAACCAAAUACAUUUCAGAUAUUUUAUGUGGUUUUGAGAAACGUGUCUUUGGUGGAAGUUUUUCAAGAAAAUCUUUAAGAUGUAUUAGGGAGACUUUUUUUAAAAUGAAUACUUUAACUUGAUAUCACUUUAUGAAUACGGUUAGAUGGCUUUAUAAACGAGUAAUAAGAAAUGACAGCGAGCGUCUCCUGUCAGAAAUGCAAACAAUCUUUCAAGCUUUGUCUCAACACUGAUUUUGUUUGUCUGAUCUUAUAUUAUAUAUCUAUACAGUGAUAUUCCACACAUUAAACCACAGUUUAAUUACUUGACGUCUUGGUUUUGUCUUUUUGUAGUAUUAUUUAAAAUGUUGAGUAAUCUGAGCGUGUGGAUUGAUUAUAAUUUGAUGACCACUUUAACUGACGUUGUAUCCUAACCAGACGCGACACUGUUAAAGCGGUUCAUGUUUUUGAGAAGGGUUCUAAAAUCUCAUUGUUUGUCACAUGAUGUAUGUUUUCAGCAUUGAUCACAUGAGAACGCAUUACAGCAAUGUAACAAGAUAAACACUACACGAAGCCUCGUUUACAAAAACAUCACAGCCGAUUGACACCAUAUUGUGAGAAAUGACAUAAGAAUGGUUUGACAUGCAGAAAUGUGUUCAUGUUUCGUAACUUGUGUAUGUUUAUGUCAGAUGUCUUUGGUGGUUUUUGCUCGGUUGCUUAAUUUAUUGCAUAAGAAUGUUUUAAGAAACACCUCGAGCGAUCUUUCUACGGCUGUUUACUGGAUGAGGUCUGUGGUUUUAUUUUAUUAUUAUUAUUAUUAUCUAAAUGAGUUCCUGCGUCUCUUGAACAGUCAGCUUUGGGUUUGAUCUUUGUUCUUUAAGUUUGAUUGAUGAAGAUUUUGCAGACAAACCAAAAAUAUUUUCAGCCUGUCGCUGCAUCACGGCAGUCCUGCGGCCUUGUUGAAUGCGACAUCGCAGCGCUUUCAGCUCCAAAGACUUUGAUGUUUAAGAAUCGUAGCUGUUGUCCAGACAGACGACGUAAAAAAGCUUUAACCAAAGUGAUUUUCACACCGUCCCUCAUUGUUAGGAUGAACCCUGCGUGUGUGAUUUCUGUAGAAAUACUUUCAGCACUGAUGUUACUGCUGUGACACAAACCAUCUUUCAUCUUAAAAGAAAUAAAAGACUUCUGCUGUCUUCUU